AUGGUAUCUCCACUGAUUGUUCUUGCACUGAUCAGUAAUCUACAGGCAUGCACUCCCUCUCCGACGCUUCUACCAAAUAUGCCUGCAGCUUACCGAGCAACAACUACUACCAUGGUAUAUCGACACGCACCAGCGAGAUCAAGAAUUCUAGUGAAGCGUGAACCUGAAAAGGUGAUAGUGACCGUAGUCAGCAAUCAGAAGUAUGAUCCUUCAAGGAACACGGCACAUCUGCAAGUCUUCAGGAAUUUGGUAGAUGCCUCCACGAAAUAUAUGAACAUUGUCUACGAUAAGAACAGGGUGAAAGACCAGAUAAUCAACAGUGAUGGAAAGUUUGGGGUACGAUACACCUUGAACGGAUUCGAUUGUGGAAGGGUGACAAAAUUCUUGGAAGAUACUGUGAACAGUGCCAUUUUCAUCACAUCCGUCAAGAUCAAAUGCGGGAACAGACCAGAGACCGUGCUGAAGUGA